CUAAGAUCUUCUCGGAAGCGUGAAGAGUAAAAUUGAAGAAAAAAAAAAAAGAGAAAUGCUAGAUGCAUCUUAGAACACUCCAAACCUGCCUGAAGACUGCUUGAAGACCAAGCUGGCCUGGCAGCCAACAUGUCCAACUCAGGGAAAGAGUUAGAUAAAUAGAAAUGGACGAAAUCCCCUGCUGUAACAAAAAGAUUUUUGUAACCAUAAUAGUUCCUCCUGUAUCAGCACUUGCUCCUAUUCCCGCCACAACUCUUGUUAUCUGUAAACGAGAUCAUCAGAAAAGGAGGAGCCCAAGCACGCUUCGAAUCUCUGAAUUUGCUUAAGGAGACCCUAUUUCGGAAGAUAUUGCCAAACACCUCCCGGUUCCAAUUUUGGAGAUCAUCGGAGAAAGAGAGAAUCCCCUGAUCCCAAUUCGAGCCACGACCCUAAGAGCUUCGCAGAAAACGAUUGAAGUCCUCGUGAGUCAGCCAAGAAGCAAGGAAAUGAAAGGGGAAGACCUUUCCCUAUCCUGAAGAAUCAACAAGAGCCUGUGGUCCGAUUUACAUAGAGGCUUCUGGAACAGCAAAUGCCAUUCAAGGUUCAUAAGCAUCCUAUUCAACCUUUCAGAAAGCCCAACUCGAGUACAAGUAUAUGCAUAUCCAGAUAACCCAACAUCAAUCAGAUUACGAUCAUCCACUCAAACAAGUCUUGGUAAGCUAAAGAAACCGCCAUUGCCGGCGAGGUCUCAAGUAUCAUCUCAAACUUUUUCUCUGCCUACGCCAUAUGGUCAUUAAGAUAAUGGCCCAUUUGCUGCAAUCUUGGUCGUGGUUCAAUGUGUCAAUGAGGAGAAAAAUUACUUGUUGGAUACCCUCUGCUUGAUGCACUUGUUGCUAAAUUUUUUGCCAUAUACCUAAGGUCAGACACACUGAGACCGCAUGGUCAAAUCUGAAGAAAAUAUGUCUAGGGUUUUCAAGAUGGUUGUGGCAGAAAGGGCAAGUUGUUGAAGGGCAUUGAACUCCUUCUGAACGAAGCCCAACUCUGGAAGGAAGACAAAUCUGGUUGAAUCCUCCAAAUAAGAUGCAUGACUUUGGGAGGUAUUUUUAGAGCCCAUAAUUUCUUCCCGUUUCCUUGAACACGCUUUAUUCCUAUUGAACUAUUGAAGAAGAGAGGUUCUAAGAGUAACGAACCUAGUAGGCACCACACCAUUCAAAGCAAAUUUCCAGAUUUGAGCAUCAUCAUCAUCAUUGGUGUUGAAAAGAAGAAUGUUCUGAAUUUGAUGAAUGUCUUUAUUGUUUAGAAUUUGUUGCAUUAUAUCCAUGCAUCAGACCUUGUUUUCAUGAUCAAUAAGAGAAUGAACCUUCUUUUGUUCAAAACCAAGGGGUGUUGGAGAAGAAAUGAAUUGAUUGCUGCUUGAUGUUUAGUCAUGGUUGGUUCCAAAUGUUGAUUUUGUGGAUCAACUUAUAAUCAAAUUGUUCCAAAAUUACCGAUUCACUAAUUUCACGAGUGAUUAUCAAUUGUUCCAAUUGGAUCAAAACAUUGGUCCUAUUUUUUAAAUUAUGCUUUUGGGCAAGACAAAUAUAAUAGUUAGUUGAAUAUUUUUAAAAUUUUGCAUAUUUACGGGUGACAAGUCGACUCCUGAUGCCAACACAAGGAUUUCAUUGAUAAUUAACAAUAAUGAUUUAUUAUCCUAUAACUUGGAUAAAAAAAAGGAGCAGCGCAGCGUAGUAACGGCAUUGGCAAUGGAGAAGCUCGCUUCUUCAACUGCAACUGUUAUUCUUGUUCCCACUCAACACUCUCUCUUCUUCUUCCCCGUUCCCGCCUUCUCCACCUUCCACCGGAACCGCACCGAACCGCUCUCACCGCUCUGUUGCAAAAGCAGACACCGUCGCCUAGAAGCGUUCUCCAACAAACAGGACCAGUUCUGGGUCAGCGAAGAGGAAUUGGAGCUUGAAUUGGAAGAAGGAGAAGAUUCGUAUUUGGACGGUGAUGAUCACGGAGACGACUCAUCGUUCUUAUCUCUCAGUGACAAGCCCGACAGGAACAUGGCCCUGCUCGAUCAUUACGAGGGCGAGGAGCUCGACUUUGAAUUCGGUCCCGACCACCGAAGCGGGUAUGUAACGUUACUUGGGAAGCCAAACGUUGGGAAGAGUACACUGGCAAACCAAAUGCUUGGCCAAAAGUUGUCAAUAGUUACAGAUAAACCUCAAACAACAAGGCAUCGGAUUCUGUGUAUAUGUUCUGGCGACGAUUAUCAGAUGAUACUUUAUGACACACCUGGUGUACUACAGAAGGAAAUGCAUAAGUUAGACUCAAUGAUGAUGAAAAAUGUUCGCAGUGCGGCAGUUAAUGCUGACUGUGUAUUGGUUCUUGUUGAUGCUCGUAAAGCUCCUGAAAAAAUUGAUGGACUGUUGGAAGAAGGCAUAGGAGACCUCAAAGAUAAACCUCCCACUCUACUGAUUCUAAACAAGAAGGACCUUGUUAAACCUGGUGAACUUGCAAAGAAACUUGAGUGGUAUGAGAAAUUAACUGAUGUUGAUGAGGUUAUACCAGUAAGUGCCAAAUAUGGUCAGGGGGUUGAAGAUGUAAAGGACUGGAUACUGUCAAAGCUUCCCAAUGGACCAGCUUAUUAUCCAAAGGAUAUUGUCAGUGAGCAUCCAGAAAGAUUUUUUGUAGCUGAAAUUGUUAGAGAAAAGAUUUUUAUGCAGUAUCGAAAUGAAAUUCCAUAUGCAUGUCAGGUAAAUGUUGUAAACUAUAAAGCUCGGCCAAAUGCAAAAGAAUACAUACAAGUAGAGAUUUUGGUUGAGAAAAACUCACAGAAGAUUAUCCUUAUUGGAAGAGAAGGAAAGGCUUUGAAACUGCUUGCAACAGCUGCCCGCCUUGACGUUGAAGACUUCUUACAGAAGAAAGUUUAUCUUGAGAUUGAAGUGAAGGUUAGAGCAAAUUGGCGACAAGAUGAAGGGCUUCUUAAUCACUAUGGUUAUGGGGGUCAGAUACGUGUUAUAUAAUGAGAAGAUGCCAAACAAAAAACAAAUAUUAUCAGACAUCUAGUAUAAUAUAUAUUUGUGCAGGACAGCAUCAGGGUUAACAUGACUGGACGAUGCUGCUGAGUUGGAUACUACACUAUGCGCAACUGCUGCUGCAGAGCAUGGGUCCUUUCCUAGAGCUCUGAGUUAUGCUGCUUCUGGAUUCGAUACUAAACAGAGAUUGCAUAACAAGGAAGUAGCAGAGAAGCGGAAAAAUCAACCAUCUGAAUCCCCCUUUUCUAAUCCAAUUGUUUUCAUUACCUAUGUUGGUCCUUUUUCCAUGAUGUAUGUAAUUUUCCAUUAAAUUAUUUUAAGGUUUUCUUUUACAUUGUUUUUGGUUGGGGGCCGGGGGGAAACAAAUCUUAUUUGAACUUUAUAUUGAAGAAAUUAAGUUUUGAUCCUACCAUAAGAUUGUUAGUUAAUGAUUUGCGAGGUA